GGAAAAUAAUGGUAAGUCGCAUCUGAUUGGAUAGGAAACUUGUUGUUCGCCGGACCGCCUGGCACUUCCAUGUUGACAGCCGAGCCAGUCUCGGUAGAGAUUUUAUUGAAAUGGAAAGUUAAUAAAUGUUUCUCUGAUACACAAUAGACUAAACUAUUUGGCAAUGCCGUUUAGUAACAGCCUAAAUUGCUGUAGGACUAGUCUAUCAUGGCGGCGCUAGGAGCGGAACGUGGCGAGGCGUCUAAAGUCGAAGAAAAGAUAAACACCCAGAAGACGGCCGACUCAUGGAAACGUCAUAUCAUCCGCCAACUCAAACAUCGGGAUAAGUAUCAGAAGGCGAUGUUUCAAGAUGUCAUACUGGCAUAUAUUAAUCUGCUGGAGAGGUCCAAUCAGAGAGCCCUCAUCACGAAAGGCAUCCUGGGAUCUGGUUCAAGGUACCCUGCCUCCUCCAACGACUCCUUGACGUCUCUGAUUUCCAAGAAUGACGAUCUGAAGAAAACAACUGGGGAGCUGGCCUACCAGGUAUUGGAGCUCCAGCAGGAGAUUAAGAUCAAAGACUCCGUACUGGAAGAGCAACAUGCCAGGAUGUGUGAGGUGCGGAGGGAUCUGCUGGGGGUGCAGGCUGAGGAUGGAAGUCUGGCGGUGCGUGUUGCCGAGGUGACGGAGGGGAACCGGCUGUUGAAACGGGAGUACGACUCCCUGCUGGAGCAGCACCAUGAUAUGGACCAGACCUUCAGAGAGGAGAAGCUCAGAGGUCAGGAAAUGCUGGAGGAACUGGUCCGGAGGAAGCAGCACGCAGCCAUCAGGAUGAACAGCCGCAACGAGAGACGGGUCAGAGCCAGAGAGGCAAGUCUUCAGAAGGAACUGGAGACCGCCGGGAAGGUGAAGGUGACCAUUGAUGUCGGGUCGGUCAGUGCCCCGGCCUCCAGAGAAGCCUCCCCUAAGAGUGAUCUGGCCGAGAGACGGACAACUAGACUGUUCAGGUCAGCCUCAGUAACAUCCCCUCCCAGGAUUCUAGAUUCCAUCAAAGAGCUUUUUGAUAGAAAGAAGCGUCGGGGGAACUCGCUGUGUCUGAGUCUGGAGGAGGAGCUGUAUGUUCCUGUAGGGAUCUGUCUGGCUGCCAGGGUCCCUGUUAGGGCUCUGCAUGUCCUGGAUGCCCAUGAGUUGGGCAUUAAUGCAGUGAGGUUCAGCUCCAGUUGUAACCUGCUUGCUACUGGAGGGACAGACAGAUCCAUUAAGCUGUGGGACGUUAAAGCAGGCAUGCUCCACAACAGAGGUACACUAGAUGGCAGCAACGAAGGAAUAACCAGCAUAGAGUUUGACCAAACAGGCACCAGGGUUAUAGCAGCGUCAUAUGAUAAAUCAGCUCUGUUCUGGCGGCUGGAUGACUCUGCUCCCAAGCUCACUCUGACAGGCCACUCACGUAAAGUGACAGCAGCCAAGUUUAAAUGCAGCCUGCGCCAGGUGGUGACAGGAAGCGCAGACAGGACCGUCAAGAUCUGGGAUCUCCACCGCGCUGCUUGUAUCCAGACCAUUGAGGUUCUAUCUUACUGCAGUGAUGUGGUGUGUUCUGAGCACGUCAUCGUCAGUGGACACUAUGACAGGAAGAUACGCUUCUGGGACAGCAGGGCUGCCAGCUGUACCCAGGAGGUUCCUCUCCAGGGGAAGGUAACAUCUCUGGACAUCUCUACUGACCACCGUCAGCUCCUCAGCUGCUCCAGAGACGAGAGUCUGCAGGUGGUCGACCUUCGCAUGAACAGCUCCAGGAUAUGCUUCAGAGCUGAGGGCUUCAAAUGUGGCUGUGACAGCACUAAGGCUAUAUUCAGUCCUGAUGGGAGCUAUCUGGCAGCAGGAUCAGCAGAUGGAGCCGUUUACAUCUGGAACGUCAACUCUGGCAACCUGGAGACACGACUACCGGACAUGCACAGUUCGUCCAUCAACGCGGUGGCCUGGUCUGGGUCCGGGGAGUACGUGGUCAGUGUGGACAAGAGCCGGCGUGCCGUCCUCUGGAGUGGCAUUUAAACAGUCUGGUCGACUGGCCAGCCCUCAGACCCAUUCCAACAUCAGUUUGGGGUUAGGUUUAGAAGGUCAUCUGAUCAUUGGCUGAGAGAACACGUUGGAUGUUUAACAUGGCUGAGAGAACACGGAACACGUUGGAUGUUUAACAUGGCUGAGAGAACACGGAACACGUUGGAUGUUUAACAUGGCUGAGAGAACACGGAACACGUUGGAUGAUUAACAUGGCUGAGAGAACACGGAACACGUUGGAUGAUUAACAUGGCUGAGAGAACACGGAACACGUUGGAUGUUUAACAUGGCUGAGAGAACACGGAACACGUUGGAUGAUUAACA